AUGACCAACAACGAAGCAGGCACGAGCAACAAACAGGCUGCUUGUCUUAACUGCCGCAAAAGCAAGAUCAAAUGUCGCCGUGAAGAAGAUGCCUCCAUCUGCGAGAGAUGCGCACAUGUCGGCACUGAAUGUGUUAUACCAGAAUUCCAUAUAGGAAGACAAAAAGGCGUGAAGAACAAGCGUUCUGGAUUGGAGAAAGCCAUAUAUCAAGUCGAGGAGGCCAUCAAGAAGAGAAAGGCUGAUAAUACGACGAAUCUUACAACACUUGAGCAUUUGAAGAAGCUAUUAGGCGAAAAAGAUGGCGAAGAAAAGCAUACUCAAACUAACCAUUCCACAACAUCACCCAGCAAUCAUGUGAAACCGCUUGCAGAAAAAGACGUUACUCCAACUUCAAACGGAGGCGACGAUCAGCUCGAAGGAGUCGAAAACCCGCUUCAGCUACUUGCUCGGGCGUCAGAUCUCCGCAUUGCAUCUCCCUUGACGCCUCCAGGAGGAAGCAUCUCAACACCGGGUACAUGGCUCUCUAGCGAGCACGGCCCAUACAUGGAUGUGCAACGCUUCUUCCUGCCAAUGAAGGCGAACCUUGAUCAAGGCCCAGGUCUCGACCCAGUUGAAGUCGGGCUUGUCACUUUUGAAGAAGCGGAAAUGCUGCUGGCCUAUUUCCAUAAGCAUCUGGCACACACCCGCUGGGGUCUUGAUCCUCUAGUGCACACUACCCACUUCGUUCGGAGUCGCUCGGCCUUUCUGUUCACCACACUGCUGGCUAUGACAGCGAUAUUUCUGCCAGAAACUGGAGCGUUGGCGAAGAGGCUUCUCCUUCAUCGCAGAUUUCUGGCUGAACAAGUCAUUGUGCGCAAGUUUAAGUCUGUUGAGAUUGUUCUUGCUUUCAUGGUUAGCAUACCCUGGAUGCCCCCAGGAUCGUAUGCCAGCGAUGAUGACACGAGCUUAUACCUAGCUACCUCUUUGUCCAUCGCCUUGGAUCUGUCGCUUGACAAGAUUGUUACCCCUUCUUCGUUCUUGUCUCCAGAUCGUCUGGCACAAAUUCCGAGAGCUGACUGCCUAGAUGCCAAACGUGCGUUGUCCAUGGAUGGUUUCGAGGAUAUCGACCCUGGCUCUGAGUGGGGCAUGCGACUAUUGAGACGAAGGGAGCGCGUGUGGAUAGCUCUCUUUGUCUUAGAAAGGGGUGUCUGCUUAGCACGCGGUCGUAGCUACUGCAUUCCGAAGACAUCGCUCAUCUUAAAUUGCGAUGAGUGGCAUAACCAUGCAAGCUCGUACGUUCAAGAUGGUCCGUUGGUGUCCAUGGCGGUACUACGGAGAGACUUGGACGAUCUGUUUGCAAAUGUCAGGUCGAGAUGCGAUAAUCAUCGUACUAUGAAUGGGGGCCCCAAAGCAGCUCAGGAAAUUGAUUGGGCUAUUGAAAGCUUCUUCGACCAGUGGUCUCACACCUGGACAUCAGUCAUUGGCAAUACCGAGAGUAAGACACUACCACCAUAUGUCGAGAUUCUCGUCACACAUACUCGCCUGUCCACCUACAGUAUGCUCUUGAACCACCCGACCGCCCCACCCGAAGUCAAGCGAUCUUUUCGGGCGUCUGCUUUAUCCUCUGCCCUCAACGUCAUGCGUGCCGCUAUCCAGGGAGAAUCACGCCUGAAUUCCAUGCCAAACAACACGGUUACCAUGAUCUGCUUUGCUGCUUCAAUUGCGCUAGCUUUGAGCGCACCAGUCCCUGGAAAAGGUGGCAACCAGAACCUCGCUCCCAGCGUUCGACACCUCAUCGAGGAGACAGCAACAGUGCUUGAACGCAUAGGCAGUACACCAAUUCACAGGAACGGAUCCUCAGUCGUAUAUGGUCGCUUUUUGCGCGUACUUGUCAAACAAGCCCCCGACAUGAACUCCCUAGCACCAACGCGAAGCGACCCUCCUGAUCUGGAGCGUGCACAGACGGGAUCUCUUGAUGCUCUCGUAAAGCACGACUCUGGUAUCCAGAAUACCGGAUAUGCACAAGAGGUGGCAAACCUCUGGCCCCAACCUUUGGACUUUUCAGCCAUGAGCUACAAUGAGGUCAAUGAGACUGUGACGAACUCGGAUCUCUUCUCCACGGCCAUGCUGGAUCUACCCUGGGAUUCGAGCAACCAGUUGAUGUGGACUGAUUGGUUGAAUCUACCUGAUUUUAACUUUCCUUGA